AUGUUGAAAUACAUAGUGUUCGUUUUACUUACAGUGAUACCCAAGUCAUUGUUCCAGGCAACAAUGUCGUAUGAGGCGAUCCUUGUUUCAGUGAUCAGUUCAGAGAACUCACGGCCAUUUGACUUUUCAAAUCUUCGACUGAUUGGUCGUGAGCGUAUUUUGAACGGGACUUUUGAAAUUCUCGAGGAUGUUGACGAUACAAAUUAUCAAUUAGCUGUGGACAUUUACACCAAUUCUGCUCGCGAUGGCAACUAUAAGCUAAUGCCUUUUGCCAUUUCACGUCAAGGAGUGUGUACAAUCUACAAAAAGUAUGGUUUCUAUUUGAGGGACUGCAUCAAAAAUGGCAUUAACACCGAUUUACAUAUAAACACAACUUCUUGCCUAUUUCCCAAAGGAAAGUACUAUUUAAAAAACGUUACUUUAAACGUUCAAAAUUGGCCAAAAAUAAUGCAGCGCGGCCUUUGUCGACACGUUUCCACUUUCUAUAAAGAUGAUGUACCUGUUGGCAUAAUUAAUGUUACAUCCUCCAUUGAAGACCGUGCUCCAAAUGUAUUUGGAAUGUAA